UAGCCUCUCCCAAUGGUGGCCGAGCCAUCUGGAUGCCGACUGUCUGCGAGUGAGCUACCCGGCUACCCCAACCACCAGCCGGCGGGCAACGGCCGAGCCGCCGAACGGCAAUCCUGAAAUCCACAGAUCGGCCGUGGCAGCCGUGCCCUGCUGUCCCCUACUCCCCUACGCCUAAGCCGCGGACGCGACGUCGCAGGCGCACAGCCAGUCCCGCACCCGCCCCGAGGGAGAGGGGGCCGCGCCCACCUCGCCUCCAACUUGGCCACCACCAUCCCCAUCUCGGCCUUGCCGUGGAACGUGACGCCACUCUCGAGUCCCCAGCGGAAGCGCUCAUCGUCAGUAGCCUGUAGCCCCGAAAUGGUCUAGCCGGAAAGAGGGAGAGAGGCGGGGGGAGAGUUCGAAUCCGCGCAAUGCCGGCGCCGGCACCGCCAGACCGGACGACGGCGCCGGUGGCGGCGGGGAGCGGCGGCGGAGGAGGAGACCACCUCCGCGGCCACGCGCACCUGACCAGCUGCAUCCACCUGCGCCACCACCACGCGCACGGCGCGUCCGGGCGGAGGCGCAGCCCGACGGGAUCCUCCGCCUCGGCGUCGGCCGCGCUGAUGCGGGACCUCCUCGCCCUGCAGCGCUCGCGCUCGCUGCGGGACCCCUGCACCCGCCGCUCCGUCGACUCCGCGUCCAACAACAACAACAGCAGGGUCGCCGCCGACCCCGACCCCGACGACCACUCCCGCCGCGGCGCUCUCAAGACGCUCCUCGACCAGCUCGCGGAGAACCCGCACCCCAAGCCCGCCCGCCGGCCCCGCCGCCGCUUCAGGCGUGGGGCCGGCCGGCGCGCCGCGCCCGCUGCGGCCGCCGCCGGCGCUCUGGACCGCCCUGCCGCCGCGCCGCGCGUCUCCGCCAACUCCAGCUCCCAGGAGGCCGUCUGCGGCAACAGGUACCUCUUCGGCGCCGGCGGAGCGGACGGCGACGGCGGUGGCAAUGAGCUCAUGCAGCAGCAGGUGUCGCAGGAGUCGCGCAACGUGUGCGGCAUCCCAUGGAAUUGGUCGCGCAUCCACCACCGCGGCAAGUCCAUCCUCGACAUGGCCGGCCGCAGCCUCUCGUGCGGCCUCUCCGACCCCAAGUCGGCGUCGGCGGCGCGGAGGUCCGAAGCCGCCACCUCCGCGGCCUCGUGCGGUAAUAUGAACGGGUCGCGUUCGCACCCGCAUUUCCCGGUUACCGCGAGGCUGACCUCCUCGACGAGUUCAGAUUCGGACUCUCUGCCCCUGCUUGUCGACGGCGUGCGCAACGGCGUCGGUGGCAUUUCUAGUAGCUUCUCUGGGGAGCUCGGGAUCUUCUCCAAGAGUAGCGAGCUGGAUUCUGACAUUGCAUCCGAGGCACGGUCAGGGCAGAGGUCACGGGGCUCGCACCGUGGUCGGCACCGGAGCUUGACACAGAAGUAUGCUCCAAGGACUUUCAAGGACGUCGUUGGGCAGAGCUUGGUGGUGCAGGCGCUGUCCAAUGCCAUUCUGAAGAAAAAGAUUGGACUGGUGUACGUCUUCUACGGACCACAUGGCACAGGCAAGACCUCGUGUGCCAGGGUAUUCGCAAAGGCCUUGAAUUGCCAUUCUGCUGAGCACCCGAGGCCCUGUGACUCAUGUGCCUCUUGUAUUGCACACAAUCUGGGCAAGAGUAGGAGUUUGUUGGAGAUUGGACCGGUGGGUAACAUUGAUCUGGACAGCAUUGUGGAUAUCCUCGAUAAUGCGAUGCUUUCGCCCAUGCCAUCCCAGCACAGGGUGUUUAUAAUUGAUGAUUGCAACACAUUGCCGCCUGAUACAUGGAGUGUCAUAUCCAAGGUCGUCGAACGUGCCCCGCGGCGUGUAGUUUUUAUUCUCAUCAGCCCCAAUCUCGAUCUCCCUCAUAUAAUUGUGUCAAGGUGCCAAAAGUUCUUUUUCCCCAAGCUGAAGGAGUGCGACAUUAUCAACACUUUGCAGUGGAUUUCUACUAGUGAAGGUCUGGAUGUUGAUCGAGAUGCAUUGAAACUUAUCGCUUCCCGGUCAGAUGGGUCACUGAGGGAUGCAGAGAUGACUCUGGAUCAGUUGAGUUUGCUUGGACAGAGAAUUUCGAUGUCGCUUGUUCAAGAACUUGUUGGCUUGGUUUCUGAUGAGAAGUUGGUUGAUUUGCUUGAUUUGGCACUAUCUGCUGACACAGUGAACACAGUGAAAACCUUGCGAGAUAUCACCGAAACAGGUGUUGAGCCAUUGGCCCUGAUGUCUCAACUUGCUACAAUAAUCACUGACAUCCUUGCUGGCACCUAUACAUUCACUCGAGAAAGAGUGCGAAGAAAAUUCUUCAAAUGUCCAACCUUAUCAAAGGAUGAUAUGGAAAAGCUACGCCAGGCCUUGAAAACACUCUCUGAAGCAGAAAAACAGUUGAGGGUCUCUAAUGACAAGAUGACCUGGCUUACAGCUGCUCUGCUUCAGCUUGCUCCUGAUAAACAGUAUAUAUUGCCAAGUUCAUCCCCAAGUACGAGUCUUAAUCGGGGGCUGCUUACCCGCCCAGAGGGAGACAUGGCAAGGAACUCUGCUAUGGAUCAUAGUGAGAUAUAUGCUGGUACCCAUGGCUUACCAAGAGGAUCUGAUCUUGGAAAUCAGCAGUAUAGAGAUGUUAAUCUAGUGGCUGGUUCCAGCAACAAUAUGGUAAGCAAUUACCAUGCUGGAAGGAGACCUGGGGAACAUACUCCAGACAGCCAUGUGUUGUCAACGGGCGCUAAUAGAGUGAAUGGAGGAUCUAGGUACAGCAAAACUGACAGUGAAAUGAUUUGGCAGGUUGUGUUAGAUAAUGUUCAGUCAGACUCAUUAAGAAAAUUGCUGGCUAGAGAGGGUCGACUGAUUUCCGUCAGCCUAGGCACAGCUCCAACUGUCCAAUUAAUAUUCAGCUCUCGUGUAAAUAAGUCCAAAGCUGAGAAGUAUAGGGGCCAGAUUCUGCAGGCAUUUGAAUCUGUUCUUUCUUCUGCUAUAAUUCUUGAAAUCCGGUAUGAAUCAAAGGAUGAUCUGAUAGCAGGUCAUGCUCCAGUAAAUUUUCCCUACCCUGAGGAUGGCUCAAAUAUGGUAUUGAGGAGGUCUUUCACUAAACAUAGUUCAGUUUCUUCUGGAGGCGAGAAUUUAAUUACGAGGCUUCAAAAAGACAAUGUGGUCCAGGGUGGUAGCUCAAAUCAGACACGCUGGAUGCAAUCUGAUCCACACAUAUUGACUGAAGGCGAAAUUAUUGAAGUUGGAUCUCACAUGGAUUGGCGGGCUGAACCAGAUAACGGGAUUGUUAUGUCAAUCGAAAGACAAAAGGGCGCCUGGGGAGAAUGUUUGUCAUCACAGAACCAAGAAGUUCCUCGAAGAGGAAAAAAUGUGAAUAAUGAACAUGGUCGGCAAAAGAACAUUGUAAGAGGCAAGGUAUCCCUUGCUCAUGUUAUUAACCAGGCAGAAGCUUGUUCUCAACAAAGUGGCUGGUCUAGACACAAAGCUAUAUCGAUUGCAGAAAAGCUAGAACAAGAUAAUUUGAAAUUGGAGCCUAGAUCCAAUUUGCUUUGUUGGAAAGCUUCAAGCACUUCCAGACGGAAGCUGUCCGCACUGAAGAUCAGGACACGAAGAUCACGAGCUUUAUCAAGGAUUGCCUUGUGCGGAAGGUGCAUUCCGGUGAGAUCUCCAAGAUGAAACGUUGGGGGCGGUUGCCCCAGACUUACACGUAGCUAACUUAGUUGGGAUCCGUUACUUGUUCACUGUAGCUGUAGCAGAAAUUUGUAGGCGCUGGUGCUAUUCUGUACUAGUAUAUAGUGCUAGUGUGUAACAUGUAGGGUGAGAGAAACAUCAUAGCCCAUUCUUUUCCGUGGAACACUAGGAAUAAUUGCUCCAGGAUCUUUUUUCUGAUGUGAAGCCAAGCCAUUGCCGUAA